AAAAUGGUCCAAGAAAUAUUCAUUUCGAGUAAUGUUGGAGUAACCAAAGCAUUUGAAUUACAGGUGCUCUGGCCAUUUUUAAUUUUUUUUAUAAACAUGUUUGGUAGUAUUAGCUUAUCCUGGAUGAGACUCUUUACCAAAGCAUUGACAAUUUUUUAAAUCCAUCUGAGCCGUCAAUAUGGUAUCAGGCGUGUUUUAUAUAUAGAGUAUACAUGGAGCCUCACACGAAAAUCACAAACCUUUCGCCUUCCUUUCUUUUCUACUUCAUACAAAAGUAUGGUUGAUGCUUUAGUAUCUUUUGCAAUCGAAAACCUUGGUGAUUUUCUUGUGCACCAAGUUAACCUACGAAUAGAAGUUAGAGAUGAUAUAAGAUGGCUCAAAGAUGAAUUAGGCCUCCUCCAGGCUUCUGUAAGACGUGCAGAAUCAAGGCAAGAAGAAGAUGAAAUCCGUCUAUGGAUAAGCACUGUCAGAGAGGUUGCCGAUGAAGCUGUGGAUAUCUUGAAGAGGUUUCAGGAUGGACAAGCCAGUCUGGAACAAGGUCAAGGUCAUAUGGAUAGAUUUCUCAACUGUAUUUGCAUCUGCAAGAAAGAAGCUCAGCUUUAUGACAUUGGCAACAAUAUCGAGUCACUCAAGAAAAAGAUCGGUGUGAUCAAGGAGAGGCGCCUCGAGUAUGGCAUCGACAAUAUUUUAGCCGGUCCAGAUGUGAAACAAAAAGAGAGAACCUUGAUAAGAGCAAGCGCCAUUGAUAACAAGGUGGAUGUGGUUGGCUUCGAGGAGGAUAUUGACAAGUUGAUGACAGAACUUAAUAACGAGGAUCCGCCCCUUAAAAUUAUUUCCAUUCACGGAAUGGGGGGAUCGGGCAAGACUUCACUUGCCCUCAAGUUGUACAACUCUAACAAGUUGAGACAUUUUGGCACCCGUGCUAAAGUUUGUGUCUCCAACGAAUAUACUAUCAAAGAUGUCCUUAAGAGGAUAAUAAAGUCUUUCAAGGGACCUCAGCACGAACAAUAUAUCUCAAACAUGGAUGAGCGUGACUUGCUGCAAUACCUACCACAGUUACUCCAGAAUGACGGUUGCUAUUUGGUACUUAUUGAUGAUAUAUGGGAUAUAAAAGCUUGGAACCAGAUCAAGAUCGCAUUUCCAAACCUGGACAACGGUAGUCGGAUCAUGAUAACUACAAGGAACAAGAAAGUCGCAGAGACUGUGGAUAAGAAUGCUUUAGCCUAUCAACUUCGUUUUUUGAGGGAAGAGGAAAGCUGGGAAUUGUUCUGCAAGACAGCGGAACCCACCCAGAAUCUGGAGAACUUGGGAAGGGAGAUGGUUGGUAGAUGUGGAGGUUUACCACUUGCAAUUGUGAUACUGGGCGGCCUUUUAUUUCACGACAAGAGCUAUGACUAUUGGUCAAAGGUGACGCAGCAUAUCUGGCGAAACUUGAGGGAUGACUCGGUGGAUAUUGUAGAGAUACUAAGCUUGAGUUAUAAAGACUUGUCUCCCCAAAUGAAAGAUUGUUUUCUCUACCUUGCACGAUUCCCAGAAGACAAUAUUAUUCGCGUCGAACGUUUGAAGCAUUUAUGGAUUGCAGAGGAAUUCAUAUCAGAAGAUGAAGAAGAUGGAGUCCUUAUGGAGGAUUUGGCCGAGGAUUGUCUGAACGAGCUAAUUAAUCGUAACUUGAUUCAGAUUGAGUGUUUGCAAUUGAAUGGGAAAGUUGGCACAUGCCGGGUCCAUGAUCUUGUGCGUGAACUUGCCAUAAAAAAGGCGAAGGAGCAGAAGUUGUUGGUUAUUUUUGAUUCAAGUAAAGACCAACCAAAUCUCAUCCAUUUGUUGGAAGGACAACGACGUCAUGCUAUUUAUAAUGGAUUUGGUGAGUACUUUAAAUUACUUGAGCAGCGUACAUUUGAUGCUUUAUAUUUGCAUUCCUUACUGCUGGAAGGUUAUAAUGUUAAAGCAGAAUUAAAACAAAUGAAGUUGACAUACACCAGAUUUAAAAAUCUCAAAGUGCUAGAUAUGUCAAGUGUAGAAUCAGAGAGGAUACCAGAAGAAAUAGGGGACUUGGUUCUCUUAAAGUUCUUAGGCUUAAAUGGUUGUUACAAUAAAACAGCAGUAAUGCCAGCAAGUAUUGGCAAGCUGAAAAAGUUACAAUCUUUAUGGGGUGUGCUCGGUAGAUCUUACACAGUUCCCAGAGAGAUAUGGGAGCUGCCUGAGUUGAGGCAUAUGUAUAAUAUAUUCAUUAAAAUUAGCGGGAGGUUGAAUAUAGGUAGUCACCAAACAAAGCUCCAUUCUUUAUAUGGUAUAGAGUUGGAGGAAUGGGUCAAGAUUGAUACUGCCAAUUUCACUAACCUCCGUACAUUAUCUAUACAAAAUAAUCUAGUCGUAAAAAAAGAUAAAGGAGGAGGAGGAGGUUACUCGCUGGAAUCCAUAGCUAAUUUAACAAAUCUCCAAACAUUCAGACUUUGGUUGAGUACUGAUGCUGUUAUUCCAACAAUGAAAUCACUUUCGUCUAUGAAUCGUCUCAAGAGCAUCGAGUUAUGGGGUGUUAUAGAAGAUCCAUCAGAAUUACGUUUUCUGCCAGAUUCAGUCACAGAUUUAACCCUAUACGGUAGUGGCUUAACGGAAGAUCCAAUGCCCAGCUUGGGAAAUUUACCGAAUCUUACGGCUCUUCAGUUGGAUAUAGGAGUGUACGAGGGAAAUAAAAUGGUUUGCAGUAAAAAUGCAUUUCCGAGUCUUCAAAUUUUAAGACUAGAAAAUUUACCUAAUCUGAAAGAAUUGCAAGUCGAGGAAGGAGCACUACCUUGCCUCAAAAGUUUUCAAGCAGUUGAGUGUGAAGAGCUGAAGAAAAUUCCUGUCCAACUAGAACGUUUCUUGACUUGGGCCAAAGCCCGAAUCUGAAACAACUGGGAUAGGGCUCUCUCUUCAUUCAGAAGUCUUCGAAGCAGCCCUAAAUUUUUAUUUUGCUUUUGUUUAAUUUGAAGUAAUUCAAAUUCAUUUUAUGCCGAUUGAAGCUUAGGCUUGUCUUUUAUUUAUACAUUACACUAAUUUCUUUUC